AUGGCAACACGAAGAAAAGAAAGAUGUCACAUAACUGGAAAUUCGAAUAAAAAUAAUUCGCAUUUCACUUUUUCAGACACACAAAAUGAUGAUAUUUUAUUUGAAACUAAUAAUGGUAGCAAUGGCAAUGAUAAUAGUAUUGACAAAAGUAAUAGUGAUAAUUUGAGAGAAAAUAUCCUUAAAAACAAUAAGCACUAUUUUAAUGAAGAAACAAUAAAAUCUUAUAAUGAUAUAAAUGUGAAUGAUAAUAAUUUUUUAAAUACAUGGAUAGAUACUAAAAACAAAUCAAAUAUAAAUAUAUUCGAAAUUAACAAACAUAUGAAAGAAAAGGAAAUCGAAUUUGUUAAACUUAAUAAAAUAAUAAAUGAAAAAAAUAAUAUAAAUUUUAAAAAUAUACCUUGCAAAUUUAAAAAAAAUGAAGGAAAAAAAAGUAAAGCAAGUAUUGAUAGAUCUACUGCAGAAACGAAUAAUAUAAAAAGCGAAAAAAAAGAUAAAGAAAUUCAAGUAGAUGAAUUAUGGAAUUAUUUAAGUUAUGUUCAUAAUUCGGAUGACAGUAGAUUGAAAUACAAAAUUAAUGAUAUAAUAUAUAAACGGACUCAAGAUGAAAAAGCUGAUGAAAAUUUUAGUCAAUCUGAAAAAAUGAAUGAAAUCGAAUUGCACCACAAAGACAACACAGAUAAGAGAUCCCAAAGUAUCAAUUAUGAUGAAUACAAAAAUAUAAUAAAAUAUAUAUUGCCUUCAAUGCCAGACAAAAAAAUAGAUUAUUCUUGGAAUUGUUUGAAGACGAACUUAAAAUGUGAAAGUGAUAAAGUGGAUUAUAAACAAUUUGUUAAUUUUAUAAAUGAGAAAUCGGAGAAUUAUAAAAAUAUAUAUAUAAAUAAAAUAGUAGCCAGCCAAAUGAAAAAUAAAGUAAUAAAGUAUAAUUUCAAUCCUUCAGAUGUUAAGUUAAAAACAAUUAAUUAUAUUGACAAUAUUCGAUUAAAAGCUUCAGAAUUUUCAAAAGCAUUUAAUGAGUUGAUAUCAGAAAAAGAGCUAUAUGAUUUGUUUAAAGGAAAAGAAAAAAUAAAAAUUAGUGAGUUAGAAAAAAUUAUAUCAGAUAUAACUAAUGAAAGAACAAAACAUACAGUAGAAGGAGAAGAUAUAAAAAAUACGAAAGAAACAAAUAAAAAGCAAGGGGGUGAUCCUGAAGACGGAAAAGAAGUUCGAAAAAGGGAUAUAUUAACAGAUUUUAAUAUGAAAGCAUAUAUAUCUACACUAUUAACAAAUAAAAAUAAUGAAGUUUUUGUUAAAAAUUUUAUAGAUAAUUUAAAUACAAAUUAUGAAGCAUUAAAUUUACAAAAUCAUUUUAUAAAAGAUGCAUAUGAUUUUUAUUCUAGAAACAUCCCCCCUACUGAAAAAAUGGAUAACUCAUAUAAUAUGGAAUUAAAUAAGGAAGAAGUAAAAAGAGCUAAAUUUUUAAUCGAAGAAAUCGAUUACUCAGUGCGCAAUAAUUUUCGACCUAAAUAUUUAAGUGAAAAAAAUAAUAACAUCAAAAAAAAUCCCCAAAACCCAUAUUUGUCUUUAUAUGAAAUUUUUAAGCACUUAGACAAUGAUAAAGACAGUUAUAUAACAAAAGAAGACUUACAUAAAAGUAUUAAUAAUUUAAAAAUAAAAAAUAUAACCAAUGAAGAUGUAAAUCUUCUUCUAAAAUAUAUUGAUACACAAAAAAAGGGAUAUAUAGAUGUUAAUGAUUUUUUAACAAAUUAUAAACUGGAAGAUAACUCGAUGAUUUCAUGGAUUAAAAAUACUAAUAAACCGUAUUUUGAAUUUGUUAAAAAUUUAAAAAGAGAGGACUUUGAAAAUUCUAAUACUGGAUCUCGAAGACGAUCAAUUAGCGAAAAUAUACCAAAUAAUGAAAAUGCAUUUAUUGCUAAAAAAUAUGACGAUGCAAUAUAUAAUUAUAAUUUAGAAUUAGAUCAAUUUUGCCCUUCUUAUGUUAUUAGAGAAAGGAUACGAAAUAAAUUUAUAGCGAAGCCAGAAGAUUUUUUAAAUAAACAUAUAAAUGCUACAAAAUUUCAUUUAACCCCUUAUAAAAAUACAAAUAAUAUAAUUCAACCAGUAGAGAGUUCUGAUCUGUAUAUGAAUGAUAACUCACGAUUUAAAACAACCUACAAUUUGAAUUACAACUAG